AUGACGGAAGCAGCGGGCGAACCCGUCUGUCAGCUGGUAACUGUUGAGCCGGGCGGUGAAUUAUUGCACCCGUCGGUCGGCGAUCCUCCAACGUCUGAUACGACAGGUCUCCUCGGAGGCGAAACAGAAAAAAAAAACGAAUUGGAUGGGGAGUAUCGCGGGAGCGAUCCAAGAGGCGCCAAAGAUUGUCAGUCGGGUGUGCUCAACUCGUCCCAAGUUGUUACCUUCCCUCGCGACAAAUUCUUGUUUUACUCGUCAAGAAGACCUGUCACUUCUGCUUCUACUCUGUGGAAAUGCUGCCCACGUUUCGCCUUGAUAUGUGAUAUAUCAAGUCGGGCUGAUUUUGCAACUUUUUGCGCAAAAUGUCCAGAGUUCCAGAAAGCGGGGCCUACAAGCCUCGGUUUCCGGACUUUGUCACUGGCCGAUCCUUCAGACAAAAUCGAGGAUAUCGAGGUCUUCAACUAGAUUAUUCUUGGCCUUCUUUAUCCUUGACACAUUUAUUUCUAAUUUUUUAUCGAUUUGAAUUUGAUAUAUUUCAAAUUUUUUUUAUGUUUCAAGAAUUUGAGAGCUAGAACUAGGAUGUGACUUCUGUUGAUGUUUUGAAAACCUUUUUCCAACAUUUGAUUUUUGUUUUGAGCCAUGAAACUUUGAUUCGAAAACUAAAUAUAUGUUUUGUGCCCAAAAUUAUCAUUUUCUCACAGUUAAAUUGGAUUUAAGUAUGGUUGACGCUACUGAAACGGAUUUUUAGUGUGGCUACAGUUUAAAUGAAUCCCAGAAAAACUGAAAAUCAAUACUCAAGUAUUAAUUCAGAUAGGUUACAUCCAAUGAGACUUUGACAUGACUAGAUAGAGAGAAUGUCUAUUAAAAAGAACGUUUUGAGCUUAAGGAGUAUCAUGUAAGUUAAAAAAUGAUGAAAAGAACAGAAGAAUUUGAAAAUCGAUCCAAAAAAAAUCUGUGAGUACUAACAGAUUCGAAAAAAACGGCUUCGGUUGCCAAAAACGCUUUUUCUUUCAACUUUUAACUCUUCUAAAAAUUUUUUUUCUUAAAGAUCCAGACUUUUUUAAUAAUGCCAAAAUUUUUGCAGGUCUGCGGAACAUCCGAGUGCCGGGGCACCUCAACUGGAAAGAGAUCAGGAAGCGGUUCGAAAGGCAAAGUACCUUCCAUGGGAUCAGCCACGCCGCCACGGCCCAUAACAAACGUUGGCAAUGGUUUUGGUACACGGCCUUCACAAUUUGCCUCAUUUGCCUACUUAUUCAAAUAUUUUCUGUGAUCUCUAGAUAUCGUCAAUACGGCAAGACUGUUGAUCUCGAUGUGAGUUUGGACUUUUUGAAGUUGUUCAAUUAUUGGAUUUCAGCUCAAAUUCGAAAAUGCUCCAUUUCCCUCUAUAACCAUUUGUAAUUUAAAUCCGUACAAACGCAGCGCAGUACAUUCCAAUCCGAGUACGAAGGCUAUGGUGAGUUUUUGAACAUAUUAUUUAAAAUUUUAGUUUGUUUAAUGUUACGAUUUUUCAAUAUUUGGAAAAGCCUACAAGUUUCGCUUCAUUAUUGUACUUUCUUUUUUUGAUUAUUUAUUGAACAUGUUUGAAUAAGGUUAUUAAUUUUUCAAUAUAAUUCUAAAUCUGGGCCCCCAAAGUGUCAGGCAAAGUCAAAUUGAAAAAAAUCUAAUUUUUCUAAUUGAGAUUAUAGGUUUCAAAUUGAGUUUUAAAGUUGACAAAUUUUUAUUAUGCUCGCCUUGUUAAACCAAAAAAUAUAUAGUAAAAUAUUCAGAUGGAAGCCUAUACAAGGCGACUAGGUUCCGGAGACAAAGCCGAAGGAAUCGCGGCCGCCCUGUCAAGUAUGGGUGGAGGUCUACAUGCUAAAGGUUUUUGUUUUAUUUCAUUUUUUCCUUAUAGAGCUUGUUGUUAUUUUUAAUGUUCCUGACUUUGUUUUUCAUUUCACAAGUAUUGAGAAGCCUGAAUAAAAUAAAAACCUAUUUUUAUUAUCGAUUUUUUAUGGAACCAUGAGCUUUUUUUAAAAAGAAAAAUUGAGAAGACUACCGAAACUGGAGUCGAUGCCAAAUCGAUCAAUUUUCAUUCAUUUUUUGUAAGGGAAGCGUUUUCUGAGACCAAUAAUUUUUCAUAGCAACAACCUCCCAUCACUCGAUUGUACUAAACUACUCUUGAGCUAUUUUCCGAUGUUUGAUCCACUCUCGCCCGGAACCUCGAUCCAAUUACUGACCCAAUUUUGAGCUGCUCAUUUUAUCGAUUCUCCAUAGUCCAUGGAGCGUUUGUCGAUAAGAGAUAGGCAAAAACCCGACGAGGCAGACGGAGGGACAAAGUUUUUGGCCGGCACUUCGAACAUUUGUCAAAACAACGAGCGUUUGAACACUCCUGUCUUAUACAUAGCUUCUGAGGCGAUAGAUUGAGCGAAAAGUGGAGACACGACGAAAAUAUCAACAAUUCGUACAUUCCACGGCAAUCCCAGACAAAUUUGUCAGCCGUUGUACGUGGACACAAAUUGAAGAAGCAUAAAUUCUCAAAAUACCUAGAAAAAAAGUCUCAAGGAGUUGGAAACAACUGACCUUUGGGUCAAACUCAAACUUGCAAAAGUCACGUUUUCGUCCAAAAAAAUAGAAGGUUAAAGAAAGCUACUGAAAAAAGUCUCUAGAGCGUGGAAAACUUCAAUGGCGAAACUGUUAGGCUUUUUUUUUCCGACGACGAAAUUGUAAAACUUUUACUUUUAACUUAACAUAAGUCAUUCAAUUUUUUACGGUUGCUCUUUUUAAAAAUCUUUAGAUGAGCUUGCAAAUUUUAUCACAAUACAAUAGCUUCAAGAUUAUGUUCCUCCUCCAGAAUAAAAACUCCUCCUAUUCGAGACACUGAUUGUUGUAUCAAUUCUACCUCACCUCUCCAAAAUCAAAUUCCAGUCCGGAGAGCCAAGAGGAAGACACGAAGGCGGAAAGAAAAAGACCGAAGAUACUACCAGGCCUUCGCCCAGUGUCUCUGUGACAUCGACCCUCUGACGGCAGAACGUCGCGGAUCUUGUUUCGCUGCCUACAAAGGCAGAAUCACCGUCGAAACCAACGACACCAACUCGAUCCGAAGUCUCCAUCAAUCCCGAUGCCUUUGCCAGUUCGACAUGGUCUCCAAGACUCUUUGGCCUUGCUUCCCAUGUAAGUUUCUUUUUCAUGAGCCUUUAUCUAUUCAUACUUUCUCUCUUCAGACGGCUCCUGGAAGGAAAAGCUGUGUUCCGAAUGCGUCGACAGCUCCGGCCACUGCCCAAUGCGAUUCUACAAAGGCAACGAAGUCUACGAGAAUAUCAAAGAGGAAGUCGAUCUAUGUCUCUGCCACAAGGAGUACAACCACUGUGUUGGAACUCGUCCAGACGGAGUUAUACUGGAAAUUUCGCCGGAUGAUGAGAUUUCUACGAUGGACGUGGCCGCCAGAGCAGAAAUGCAAGCAAAAGCUCAGAGUGAGAGAACAACUACGACAACUACUACAGAAGCACCAGCCAUGGUUCAAGCUCUUGGUUUUGAAGUCAGUUGAAGUCUAAUAUUGAAGCUAAAUAAGGAGGGAUUUAGAAUAUAACGGACGAGAUCGCGUUGAAAAGUCAGGCGCAAGAAAAUCUAAUGUUCGCUGUUGGAGAAAUGUCACCGUCAGAGAAAGAAGACUUGUCUUACGUUUUGGAUGAACUUAUCCUUAAGUGCUCAUUUAAUCAAAAGGACUGCAUUAUGGCAAGGUUAGCCUUUUCCUCCUUUUUUGUCGAUUCGAAACUAUUAUCAUCUCCUGAGAAGAGAACGCAUUUUUGUGUCGACAAUUGAUUGGCUCAUUCUUCUGGAGGUCAAGUUAAAUGAGCCGGAGUCGCCUGCCUGCGGAAACAUUUUGUUUGGAGAUGAUAUUUCAAACUUAAUUAAAACAAGGAUGAGGCUUAAAGCCGAAAUUCUGUAAUUCUGUAAUUUGGUUUUUAUAGAGUUUUCGCAGAUAGCGACUGUCUGGAAACUUCCAUUAAACCUUCAAAAAACGUUUGACGAAAUUUACAAAAAACUCUAUACUUACCACUACGAUUAUUUUCCUUGUUAGUUUCCUUAAGUCUCACGGAAAAAAGAUCCUAUGGGAAUUCUACAUAAUCUUCCCAGAGACUUCAAACUUCACUACGACAAUACCUUCGGCAACUGCUACACGUUCAACUUCAACCGAACAGCCGAGGUAACGUCUCAUCGCGCUGGCGCCAAUUAUGGUAAGUAUACUUCCAUUUUAAUUUAAUUUGAUUUAUCUUGAUUUCUAGGACUUCGAAUUCUUCUAUACGCGAACGUGAGCGAGUACUUGCCAACAACAGAAGCCGUCGGCUUCCGAAUAACAGUUCACGACAAACACACAGUUCCAUUUCCCGACGCUUUCGGGUACAGCGCUCCGACAGGCUUUCUCUCUUCUUUUGGUGUCAGAAUGGUAGAAACCUUGCUUUCUUACUAUUCCUUAUAUUUUAUAAAUUCCAGAAGCAAUUCAUCCGCCUUGAGCCGCCCUAUGGUCAUUGCCAAAACGGCGGCGAGGAUUCGGAAAACUUUGUCUACCGGAACUUCAGCUAUUCUGUCGAAGUAAAACUUUUCUGACAAAAAAUCUCAAGUUUUCUCUGAUUUUUAGGCUUGUCACCGAAGUUGCGCUCAAAAGCUGAUAGUGGAGAGAUGCGGCUGCGCGGAUCCAAUGUACCCAGUACCGAUGAACGCGAAAGACAUCAAAGCUUGUCAAGCGGUCAACAUGGAACAGCGAGAAUGUCUUCGAGAAAUGACUCUUUAUUUGGGAGAACUCUACUCGAAAGGAAAAGAAGGGCUUCCCGAUUGCUACUGUCACCAGCCAUGCACGUGAGUACUCUCUCAUUUCAUUCAUUCCCAUUCUUAAUCUUUUUUUUUUGAGUUAUAGGUGAUUUACCGUAGUUACGAAAGUCAAAAUCAGAACCAUUUAAUAAAAGUUUUUCUUUACAUGCCUCGUAGAGCAGCAAUUUGCGGUACUAGUUAUUUCUGUUUUUUUUUCUUUCUUUGAGCUAUUAAAAAAAAUAGAUCCUGCAUAAAAAAAGAUGUAUUUUGAAAUUAUUUAUUUCUGUUUUUCCUAGUUUCAGAAUCAGAAAACGCCAUAAAGCUCAUUAAGAUGGUUAACAUGCCUUCAGAGAAACCAACUACGAAGUGACCUAUUCCUCAGCCCGAUGGCCAUCCGGUUCCGCAAAAGUCAUGGAAUGCUUGCCAGGAGACUAUCUCUGCCUGGAGCGAUAUCGCAAAAACGCGGCCAUGCUCCAAAUUUUCUACGAGGAACUCAACUACGAGACUAUGAUGGAGAGUCCAGCUUACACGGUGGGAUCAAGAAAAAUUUGAUUCUUUGAGUUUUCCGAGUUCAGCUCAACAGUGUGUUGGCCGACGUCGGCGGUCUGACAGGCCUUUGGAUCGGCGCCUCGGUUGUCAGUCUUCUCGAAAUCGUUUCCCUGGUUGUUUUCGCAACUCAAGCCUACGUCCGGAAGCGCAAAGGGUUAGUUAAAUUCAGACGUUCAACAUGUGCCCCUAGCCUAUUCUGUCAUUUUGUCAAAAUUGAUAAUAAGUUAUUUCAUAACUGAUGUUAAGAUCUGUGGGAACCCAACCGAAUUUCAUCGUCCCUUCACAAAAAUCCUCAAUGCAAAUGCUCCACAAAACCAGCACGAAUCAAAGCGUCAAGCUUUCCGUCCACGAUAUCCGCUCAAUUCGGUCCAAUCAUUCCUUAUCAAAUCGAUCAAAACAGUCUAUCAUCAUCGAGGAUUUGCCCUCUCCCAUCAAAGUAAGUGCAUCUUUUGCUGAAUGUAAAUAUUUUAUUCUGAUUUCCUUUAUAUUUUUUCCAUUAGCUCAAUUAAUCUGUGCUUCUAUUGAAUAAAGUUCCUCAAAAAGGUAACUUGCGAAUCUUUUUUAGCUUUCCUGAAGACUAUGUGAGAAGUUUCGUUUUCGAAUCUUUGAUUUCUAAAGAGAUUUUUUUUUGCCAAUGAAAAACUCAAAUUUUGAAUAGUAAAUUUAUAAUAAAGUGAACUAGAAAAAAAGUUUGUGUAUUUCGAUAUUUUUGCCGACUUUUCUUUUGCUCUCAAAGACAAAUUAUAAUUCUCUUUUCGACUAAAUCCGAUUUUUCCAACUCUCAGGAACAGUCCGACGAUGAGGAAACUUCCUCGGAUUCCUCUCGAACCAACGCAAGUUGUCGAUAUCUUGCGCCGGGCGAAGAUCUCCCCUGUCUUUGUAAAUUUAAUCCCGACGGCACAAUUCGGGUUAUGAAAGCCUUAUGUCCGGUUCACGGCUACAUGGUCCGCAGGAACUACGACUACAGGUUGGGAAUUUCAAAUCUUGGGAAAACUGAUAUUUUGAUAACAACUGGUACAUUCCAGCUUAUCAAACAGCGAAGAAGAUGAAGGAGACGAUGAAGUUCAUAGAGUCGAGGAAUUCUACACGGCUCCCUACGAGCAUAGAAGAACGUGAGCUUUUUUUCUCAUGUUCAAAAAUUUCUAUGAUGAAAAAACUGUUUCAAAAAUUCUUCAUUAGGUUUUUCACAUUCUUGUUUUGUUAAUAAUACUUUCCGCCUAUUUUUAAGUUAAAAGAACGGCCAAAAAAAACAUAAUUUCAAUUCCAAUUUGAAUGAACUUUAUGAAGUAAAAUGACAAAAAUAGAUGGUAUUUUUUGCUCUUUAAAAGAAAAUUCUUCCCAUUAAUAAAAUCGAUAUUCAGCUCAUAGUCCAGUACAAGUAGUCAACAGGUAAGAUUUUCUCCGCACUUCUAACAAAUGAAACUUUUUUUCUUCUUCUUCUAUUUUCUUCUCUUUUUUUUGACGCAUUGUGGCUGCUAUUCCGCUUAUUCAUAUUUCAUUAAAACUUAUUGCUCUUUUUCAGAGUUAGCAUGAAAAAUCAACUUUUUAUCAAGUAUAGCUCUAACUUGAAAGCUUUUGGUCGCAUGUGGAAUGGCUUUAUAUGCAAUGGAUAUUAUGGAAAGCGCAUGGCCAUUAAAAAUUAUUAUAGAAAGUUGAUAGAUUUGAAGCCGGAACACCUAGACGCUUUCAGCCAUUCUAGAUGCGACCAAGAGGUUUCAAGCCGCAAGAAAUGAAGCUUAAAAAAAAUAUUAAAGCUCAGAAAUUGACGAUUUCAAUUAGUAAUUUUAAGUUUGUCUGCUGAUAAUUUUUAUUUAAGAGCGACAGCUGAAUGAAAAUUUCAAAAGAAAAAUUACGGAUUUUUCAACUUUACUGGUUUUUCUGAAGCAUGGUUACUCUUUUUUUCUUCAUAUCUAUCUAACAAUUUUUUUCAAUCUUAUCCAUUUUUUUAGUCCAUCUUAACUUAUAAAUAUUUUUCAAUAAAUUGAAACAUUCAGUUCUCAGUUAGGUCACUAGACCUUUCUUUCACCAUUUAACCGUAUUGCCAUCGCUUCCUCAGUAAAACAUCUUCAAAAAUCGAUAAAUUACGAGAAUCGCUAGAAAAACAUAAAUUACACCUUUAGAAAAUUUUCUUCUCACGGUAUUGAAGCUAUCAAAUUCAAGUUUUUUUGAUAACAUCAAGUUGUAUCUAUGGAUCUUAAAUUUUAAACCAAGUUUUUGAAGUGAAAAGACCUUUUUUAAAAUUUUCAAAAAUCAGUGACAAAUCACUAGAAUCGGUAGGAAAGUUGAUAAACCUUUAGCAGCUUCUCUAGAAAAGCUUGGAGUUAAGAGAUUUGCGCCCACUUUAAAAAUCUAGAACUAUCGAUUCUCAAUACCCUUUUCAACCUAGUUGACCUUUCCUCUACUCUUUAAUGACCUUAUUUCAAUAUCAAUAGCUGAAAACACUAAUACCUUCGAAAAUCAGUGACGAAUCACUAGAAUCGCUAGAAAAACAUAAGAUUGCACCUUUGGCACGCCCGCGUUCGUCCCUCACAAUCAAUCACCGGUUCACGCUCCACCGCUUAUCAUAUCAAUCAUCACCUGCACUCGCAGCAGCACAUUCUAACUUCUUUUUUCCUGCUCUUCUUAACAAAACAAUGGAUUUGUAUACAUUUGCAGGAGCUCGGGGAGAAAAAGCGGACGGAGGAAAAGCCGAAAAAACGACGACGAGGAACAACUUCACAUGGAAUCAUAUAAUGACCCGGGCGGAGAAGCCGGUUCUUCGGCCGAACCGUGA